GGUGCUCCCGUGCAGCCGAGCCGAGCCGAGCUGAGGCGCAGCCAUGCCGGUGGACCUGGCGCAGUGGGGCGGCCCGCUGAGCCUCACCGAGGUGGAGCAGAGACCCGCGCACCCGCUGCGCGUCAAGUACGGCUCCGUGGAGAUAGACGAGCUGGGCAAGGUGCUGACGCCCACGCAGGUCCAGCGCCGCCCCACCAGCAUCGAGUGGGAUGGCUGCGACCCCCAGAAGCUCUACACCCUGGUUCUCACGGACCCCGACGCUCCCAGUAGGAAGGACCCGAAGUUCAGGGAAUGGCAUCACUUCCUGGUGACCAACAUGAAAGGCAACGAUGUGGGGAGUGGGACGGUGCUGUCGGAUUACGUUGGCUCUGGACCUCCCAAAGGAACAGGGCUGCACCGCUAUGUGUGGCUGGUGUACGAGCAGCCGAAGCAGCUGACCUGCAAUGAGCCCAUCCUCUCCAAUCGCUCUGGUGACAAACGAGGGAAGUUCAAGGUGGCGGCUUUCCGCAGCAAGUACGAGCUGGGGGUGCCGGUGGCUGGCACUUGCUACCAGGCAGAGUGGGAUGACUACGUGCCGAAGCUCUACGAGCAGCUCUCGGGGAAGUAGGGCACGGGGACUGACGGCGCUCUGUGCAGCACGGGGCUGCUCGGAGCAUUGCGCUGUAGUUUUGAGUUGAACCCAACUGCUCCCACACUGACCGCUGGAACCGUAACCCUGUCCCUGUCCCGAGCCUGCCUCUGUGUCCUUGUGGUCCAGCCCUGUGCUGUAGGGAGACCAAAGCCUUUGCCAAUCGGUGUCACUUCAGCGUUUCCGCUGCACUGAAAGGGAAUUGUGCCGAGUGUCGUGGGUGCAGAACCACUGCUGGGGUGGCGCUGGCUGUGUGGUCUCCCCUUUCUGGGAGAGGGGAGGCGGUGGCACGCAAACGCACCCCUUUUUUCAUUUUUCUCAGUUGUGUUUUGUUUUAGAAUGCAUGCAAAAAACCCUUUUUUUUCCUUUUCACCCCCGAGCGUUGGGCAGUGCCUCCCGUUCCCUGCUCUGAGCCACCGGAGUCGUGAAGGUGGAGCUGGGAGGAGGCAGGGAGCUGGUGUCUAGCACUUCCUUCUGUUCUCUGUUGCCACUUAAAGCUGAGACCACUUUGUUUGAGUUCUGUUGUGACCCGAUGUCAAUUAAAAGCUUCCCGAGGCGGAUGGUG